AUGUCGUCUACUAAACCAUCACGUUUUCAUUCAAAAAAACAAAAUAGCAAAAACAAAUGUCGUUUGCAUUUACAUCAACUUCAUACACAUAUUCAUGAAAAAACUGUUCAGCAUUUUCUGAAUGGACGUACAAAUCAAUCGGGUAACUCUGAACAAAGUCAAUCAUCUAAAAAUUUGACUGAACAAGAACUUCAACAACGUCAGCUUAUUCAUCAAUAUAUUUUUUCUCAACUUGCAACUUAUGCUAAUAAACCUCGCAUUUGGCAAUUAACACAUUCAUUACAUAUAAGACGACAUCUUCUUAAUAAAUCAAAACAUAUAUCGAAGCUUUAUUCUUUACCUGAUGAUUUUGUAUGUGAAUCUAUAAAUCAAUUAUUUACUAAUGUUGAUAAAUAUGUUUCACAAUUAUGUCAACUUAUGCAAUAUAAAAUCGGUGCAUCAGGUGAAUCGCAUGUUCUAUUUCAAAAAAUACGAAUCUCAAAUAAUCAAUGGUGUUCAUUACAAUUAAAACGUGCACAUCAAAUAUUUCCAAAUAUUAAUAAUGAAGAAUUUACAGACAAUGAAAUUUUAGAAAAAUAUUAUAAUCAUAUUAUUGAAACAUUAACACCAGAAUUUGAUACAACUAUUCCAAAUUGUAUUGCACAACUUCGUGAACAACCAUUUGAUUUAAAUCAUGCAUAUGAACAAGCAGAAAAUAAAGCAAAAGAAUGUUUAGCACCUAUGUUACAAAAUUAUCGUAAACGUUCAAUACCUGAUCUUGAAUUAAUUCAAGAAAUGAUUAAUCUUGGUCUUGAGUAUAUGAAAACAUCACCAAGAAGUGAAGAUUUUAGAAAUGCAACAAAUUUUCUAGAUAAAAUUUCCAUGUUUCAUAAAACAAAAGAAGCGUAUGAAAGUAAUUUACAUAAUAUGAGUGAUGAUUUUAUGUUAUUACGUUUUGGUAAAGUUUUUGGACCAAAUGCAUUACCAACAACAGCACGUUCAAAUGCACAAUUUAUGUAUCUUGUUCAUUUAUUUAUUAAAUCUAUUUUACAUCUUAUUAUAAUGAUGCGAGCGAAAUCUGAUAAUAAUGAAGAAAUUCCAUCAAUAAUAAAACUUGUAUUUGGAGAUGUAUUUUCGAGAGAAAUAAAUUCAUCAAUUAUUAAAUUAAACAGUGAUGAUAUCUUUUCACCUAAAUUAAAUAUUGAUCAAUGGACAUGGCUAUUAGAAAAAUGGCAUGAUGCUUUACGAACAUUUCCAAUUCUACUUACAGAAGUUGGAGCAUUUGGCCGAUUGUUACGUACAACAAUUGGUAUUGGUAUUGCACGUUUAUUUAAUUUUGCUGAAACAAUUAUUGAUAAUAAUCAAAUGUUAGAUUUAGCAUUUAUGAAUGAACAAUUAUUUCAGGCACUUCAAAUGGGUUUUUAUUUUGGUAUUGCAUAUGGUAUUGUUGAUUGUUUACAAGAUGAAAUUCAAAAUUCAAAGAAAAAUCCUUCACAACAUUUAGAAUUGUUUAAAACAGAAACAAAUGAAAAUGAAAAUUUAACAAAACCAGUUGAAAUAUUAGAUAGAUGGACAUUGAUUAUGGAAGAAUUAUUACGUGGAGGAGAAUUUAAUCGAAAUGAAAUACCAAAAACACCAUGGACACCAUUAUUAAUAGAAACAUUUGAUAGUCUUGUAACAUUAACGAAAACUAUUGGUGCAACAAGUACAGCUUUUAAUGAAUUGGCUCUUUUAUUAAGAUCACAAAGAUUGGAUAACAAAACAAUGGAAAAUUUUUAUAAUGAUGAAGAACUUUUCUUAGGUGCUAUGCUCAAAUCUCAUUUCACAUAUACAUGUACAACCUUUUUGGGUAAUGUUAAAUCUGCUCGUGAAGAAAGUGAGCGUUUAUGGACAAUGCCAUUUUUGGGUCAAUUAACUGAUGAUUGUCGAGAUUUUUAUGAUGAUUUUCAAUCAAAUUCAGUUACUCCAUAUACACAUUAUGCAUCAUUUAUUCGUCGUCAACAAUCAUCAGAUAAACAUUUACUUAAUCCAUUUUAUGCAUUUUUACAUCUUUGUUCUGAUAUAUAUUUAUCAUCUGAUCGUAAUAUUCAGACUGGUGCUUUUAUUGGUCGUCGUAUAUUACGUACAUUAAAAUCAAUUGAAAUAAGUUCCGGUCAGUCUGCAUUACGUGAAUUUCUUUAUUUAUUUUGUCAUAAUAAUUUAUCAUUACAUGAUUAUUUUUUAACAAAUCUUCGUAAUUAUUUUCCUAAAGUAAGUGAUCCAGAAAAAUCUUUUUUUCGAAUGAUUAAUAAAGUAAGUAUAAAAUAUGCACGAACAAAUCAUAUUGAAGGAGAAAAUAUUGGUAAACCAAUAGCACUUGAUAUAAAAAAUAAUACAGUAACUUAUAUAUCAAUAUUAGGUAUUGAAGGUACUCGACAACGUUUAAAAGAAUUUCAUCAAAAAACAUUAAAUUUAAUUAAUGAAUGUUGGCCAUCAAAUGCUGGAACAAUUAAAGAUGUUGUUAAUUAUAUUGUUAAUAGAAAAAAUUAA